AUGUGGGCCUGUGACACACACAGCACGCCUGUACUCGGGGUUCACGCGUGUCUGUGGAGGAAUGCCAGAGAUAACAUGUGGCUCUCACACAGUAGGACAGUGAAAACUGCUGAAGUUACUUUGACGAAAGAGGGAUUAAUUACGGCUGAAAGGAGCAACUCACAGGGCAUGGCUCUGUGUGGAGCUAAGAUAACCCAGUUCUUGGGGGCCAAUCUGUACUCAGAGGCUCCUGACGGAGGAUGGGGGUGGGUGAUCUCUGUGGCCUUUUUCCUGGUGGAGACUUUCACAUAUGGUAUCAUCAAGAGCUUUGGGAUCUUCCUCCAGGACAUGAUGGAGGAGUUUGGCGAGACCAACAGUCGGGUCUCGUGGAUCAUUUCCAUCUGUGUGUUUACUAUGACCUUCAAUGGUCCUCUCUCCUCAGUGAUGACUAACCGUUUUGGCUUCCAGUUUGUUGUUAUUAUUGGAGGAUUACUUAUUUCCACUGGAACCAUUGCAACCAGCUUUACUAGUUCACUCAAUCAGAUAUACAUCACCUAUGGCUUAGUUGCAGGUCUAGGCUACUGUCUGACUUUCCUGCCCACUGUCACCAUCCUUUCAAAGUACUUCAGCCGUCGGCGCUCACUGGUCAUUGCUUUGGCUUCUACUGGGGAGUCCUUUGCAAUGUUUGCCUUAGCACCAGCCUUUUCUGUUUUAAGAGACAAAAUUGGCUGGCGCCACACCAUGGCAGUGAUUGGAGCUCUGCAAAGUAUCAUCAUCAUCUGUGGUGCAUUGCUUCGGCCAAUUAUUAUUAAGCCCAGAGCGACGCAAAGUACAGAGAUGGACCCGUUUUCCCCAAAGGAGCUGGAAGCACUCAAGACACAAGAGAAUGCAGACUGUUUGGUUCUUGAGAACCUUGAGGUGAAGAACAGUGAGCUAAGCAGAGGGUAUGUGAGCACCGGUGACUCAGGUGUCCAGUCACUUAAAGACAGCAGCACACCAGAGCACAAUAUGUUACUGCACAAAGAAGCAAACUUAGAGACAGGUCCAAACUUUUUGGAAAAAGAUAAAGAACCAGAAAAAGAAAAACAAAACAAAGAUGAGGAGAAAUCAGUAGACAAGGAAGAAGGUGAUAAAAAGUUAUCUGCAGCAAACUCUAUACUCCUAGACUUCUCCAUCCUCAGAGAGUGCAGCUUCAUCCUCUACUCUCUGUUUGGACUGUUUGCCACUCUGGGCUUCUUCGCCCCUCCGCUCUACAUCAUUGAACUGAGUGUAAACCGCGGCGUGGAGCGAGAACAAGCCACCUACAUGCUCUCCAUCAUUGCUGUGGCUGAAAUCUUGGGACGAUUCUCCAUCGGAUGGGUCCUGUCCCGGGAGGUGUUCAGGACAAGAAAGCUUCUGGUGCUCCUGAUGUGCGUGAUCAUGAUGACUGUCGAUUUGGUGGGAUUUACUUUGGUAAGAGAGUUUUACGGUCUGGCUGUGUGUUGUGGUCUGUACGGGUUCUUCAUGGGAACCCUGGCAUGCACUCACAUCCCCAUGCUGGCCGAGGAAGAGGUGGUGGGCGUGGAGAGGAUGUCUUCAGCUGCUGGUGUCUAUGUGUUCAUUCAGAGCUUUGCUGGACUGGGUGGACCACCACUUGGAGGUAUGCUGGUGGAUGUAACUCAGAACUAUGGAGCAGCGUUCUACUCCUGUGCGGUGGGCAUGGGACUGGGUGCUGUAUUCCUGGGUUUGGUUAGACCUGCUAAAAAAGGACUACCCUGCAGGAGGAGAAACCUGCAACCCUCUGCAGUUAAACAUGAAAGGAACCCUGGCUACAAGGAAGAGAGCGGAGAGCUGGACCGGACAAUGCACAGGACUGCUCAGAGACAGAAGAUAGGCAGGACAUCAGUCAGGGAGGAGCCACUAGAGAAGUCAAGGAGAUUAGAACUCAUUGAGCUGGAAAUGCACAAAUGAAAUAACAAAUCCGUAAAUGUAUCAGGUGAAAAGCCAUGGAUGCAGUAAAGACAAGGACCAACAGUUCAGUGAGGGGAGUCAUACUAAAGUGUUAGAUCAAAAUAUGGAGUUGUGCCUUAAACGUGAUGUACCAUGCAGUAUUCUUAUGGCAAAUAUGAAAAUUUAUGUUUUUAUCUUUUAUCUGUGUAAGUUAUAGUGUAGUGUGAAUGAACAAUGACAUGAGUGUAACACAGAGCUGCAAACAAACGAUUCUAUUGCACUUGCUUUAGAAAGAAAAUCACAAACCUCAGGGGACAGUAACUAGUAAAUAUUUUUUUAAUCAAAUUCUUAACAAACUGAUAUUUUUUUAAUCAAAGGUAUGUCGAAAAUUGUCUUUUUGUAAUCAAACUGUGUUGUAUCACAAUAAAGCAAUGACCUGUGUUGAACUUCUCAUUUA